UUUUAUAUUCUUUGUUUAAUGGUGUAUAACGACCUAUUUAUUUAUUUAAUCGAUUAACACAGAAAUCAAGCAAACCAUGAGCAAAUGACGAACAGGAGAAAAAUAGAAUGGAGGAAGAGAUCUCAAAUGGUAUCCAUGGAAAUGCUGGGGCACCUGCAGGUCAGGUGGACAUUGCACGGUUUGUGGCAGAGGUGGAACAGUUUAACACCAUGACUGAGCCCUUUGCCUUCCUGCUCUACAUCUGGGAUGACUUGAGGAGAUGGCGGUAUCCUGUUUUUACCGUAAUAUUGUGGGCAGUGUGCAACAUUGGAUGUCUGAUUUUAACACAAGGUGCUGUGUUUACGUUGGUGUCGCUGCUGGUGGUGACCGUAGGGCUGGUGUGUCUGGUCCAGCUACACACACGCAUCCUCGACAAGUUUCUCCCCGUGACCACGCUCCCGGAACUCCCAGACGAGGAGGUUGAUGAACACUCGGCUCUCUCUGCCAUUAAGGAGUUCAAGUACAGCCUUGCAGAGAUGCAGGAGUUUGUUGUGAAGUGUAACGAGUAUUUCCGCUACUUCUACGCCCUCCUCAAGUGGGACCAUACGCUCCCCUCACUCAAGUUCCAUGUGGAGGUGUGUUUUCUGCUGCUGUGUCUGGUUGUGUGUCCCACCCGGUGGACCGCCUUCCUUCUCACCAACUGGUUCUUUUUGGCCACACACAACACUCUCAUGGGAGUAAAAUAUCGAGCAAGACUUUUUGGAGAAUAUUUACAAGGAAAAAGGAGUCUGGGAUCAGUGUUCGAAAAAUAUGUGCCAUCUACUAGUAGAUCUCAAAUAGAGAGUUGUAACGGAGAUGUUGGCUCACAGCUGGACAGGAGUGAAUCAAUGCCACUGACAGAUUCUGAUAAACUAUGUGAUACUGGGCAGGAUGAUAUUGAGGAGAUAGAAGAUGACCAGAUAACCUCCAGUGACAACAGCAAACCUGGCAUGGUGGCCAGGCUAUUAGAGAUGAAAAGGCGCAGAAAACUUAUAGCCAGUGAGAGCUGUUUUAAAUGUGAGGCAUCCUUCUCAUCCAUAUUGAAAAGAAGGUACACAUGUUGUCACUGUGGAAACAACUUCUGCUCCAAAUGCUGUAACCAGAAAGUCCCAAAGUCAUUUCUAGGAGCCACAGCGCCAAGUGCCCAGACAGAGCUAGUGUUGGUGUGCACAGUGUGUCACAAACUGCUUCAAGACGAGGCUGCGGGCAAGGAAAAGGCUAGUUAGCCCCUUUGUAAAGAAAUGGUUCAAGCUCGCUAUCUGUGAAGGAGAGGGAUUGGAGACAAUUGUUAUUCCCUUGGCAUGGUUCAUUUCUGACAAGCUUGAGAAUGUGGCUAGCUUGUCUAUGACCUACUGAAACACAUGUAGCAGUGGGGAUAUUACCUUCUCCCGUUUUCCACAGGAUGAAGCCCGAUCAUACCACCAGUGUCUGGUUUAUAUAGCUAAUCUGCGUCUUUUAUGUCAACCAAACUUUAAGUUUAUUUUCAGUGUAUCUCUGUAUUUUGUUCAUAUUGUUUUGUCUUUUUAUAAGCCUUUCUUCUUGACAAAGUCAAUUUCUGUUUAGCAAUAUGCUAGAUUAGUAUUAUGUUUAAAAUUCGUUUUGCUCAUUUUUUUCGCCCAUCUGCUCUUUCUUAUUUUGUCAAUUAGAAGGUAGACAUUGCCAUCUUCCUCUCUCUGCCAUCCUCGGCACUCCAGCGUAUCAUUACCUAUAUGAUACCCUGGGCAAAUUGGCUAGGGAAACUUCAUAAAUCUUGAAUAUUCAUAAGCAUUUUCUGACCAAUUAAAUAGCUGAUAACAAAAAGGAAAGAAUCUCCUUUGUGAAGAGUUAUCGGCAUAUUUAACAAUAUCCUGGCUAAAACGAUUUGUAAGCCAUGAUCUCAUUGGAUAAUUUCGAACUGAGAUUAUAUCCGUAACUUCUAGGCCAUUGCCACACCGCAUGAGGUGUGUCUCAUGUAACCAAUCAAGGGACUGGAUUUCACCUUAUUAAUUAUUCAUGAGUAGGAGAUUUUUACAGCUGAUUUGCCCAGGGUAUCAUAUAGGUUAUGUAUGCUGGAGUGCCAACGAUGUCUCUCUGCAUAUUAAAAAUCUUUAUUUUAAAAACCAUUAUAUUAUUUACAUGUAUGUUGUGAAAUAUUAAUUGUACAUGUAUUUAUGUUUUUCUUUUUGCUAGUAACUUUUGGCCCUUUGUGUAAUUUAUUUAUGGGCUGUUUUGUAUUUUGUUUUGUGUAUUGAUAUAACAAUAAUCAAACUUAGAACCAUUGUUCAAAUUGUUGGCUGGGGUAUUUCAUUUAUUGACUCAAAGUAUAAUCUCCUUAUGUACAUAUUUUUAUAAUAUUACUUUUUCAAAAAAAGGUAUUUUUCUUUUAUAAACAGGAAGAAAAUGACUUUCAAAAGUUAAGACAAAGAAAAUGAUUUUUAAGCUCUUUGAUGAGUAAAACUUGUAUGAAACUUUAUGUUAAAAGUUUUUACACCAACAGUACUUAUAUUGAAAUCCUGAUUAAUAAUUCCAAUUGCUUGUUGUUCAAAUUCUGAAUUCCUUAAGGAAAUAAAGUACAUGUCGCCUAAAGGGACUCUCACAUCUUUCAUGUUGGCGAUCUCUUUUUUUUCACAAUGUGUUCAAUUUUUUUUUUAUUUUUUUUAUUAUUUUGAAUGGACACCAAAAAGCUAAAAAUACUACUCACACAGAAAUUCAAAAAAUUAUAGCAAAUUUUCAAUAGAGGUACUAACGCUUUUAGCAAAAAAAAUUAGGUCAUAAUUUUGGAUAUUUUAGAACACAAAAACUCUUAUUUUAACUUCUUGUUACGAGCCAAUACUUUUGGCAAAAUGAAGGUUUUUGGUCAUACUUUGAGAUAUUAACCAUCAAAAGAAUUUUAUUUUAACUUCUAAUCUGACUUGUCAAAGUCACAAGAAAGCUUGUUGAUAUCACACACAACACUAAAAUGUUCAAAGUCCCACCUUUUUAAUCAUGACUGAGUCCCUUUAAGGAUGGAUGAAUGUGAUACAAUGAUUAGGUCUCGCUUUUAUUCAUAACAAUUUCUUUUCAUUCUUUUUUUUAUUGCAGCUUGUAGCCAUCUUGUGUGUUCUAUGUUCCUAGUAUAUAUUUCAUGUUCAUCAUGUUUGAAAAAAAAACAAUAUUUACUACAUUUACUGCUCUUUAGAAAUAGACAAAAUAUGUAGUGGAUAUUUGCUGAAUUUCUGUGUUAGAUUGAAACCAAUUUCACUGAUCACAGAAAAAUAUAACUUUCUGUGAUCAUGAGUGAAAUAAAUUCAAAUCUUAAACUGAAAUUUAACAAAUUUUCUGUUUCUUUUUUUCAAUUUAAUUGGUGUUAAUUGGGAAAUUGUAAGAGAAACACAACUUCCUCACAACAUGUUGAUGACAUUGUUCAAGACAAUAUUAAUUUUGCUUAGUGAAUGCUGUAACUCUUAUAAAGGUACAUGGGAACCAUGGUCUGUAAGGGCAGUGAAAAUAUCAAAAUUCAUAUUUUCACUGCAGGAAAUAUACCACAUUGUUUUUCCAAAAAGCAUAAAAAAUAACCACUAUUAUAAAUAUAAUUUGUACAUGUAUAUCAUUGUUGUGUUCUGCAUCAUUUUUAUUAUUCUGAAGUGUUUUUUUCAAAAGUUGAUGUAAACAAACCACCAUUGUUACCCACCAUAAUUUUAUCCAUUUUUAUCAAAUGUUUACGAGUAACAUAUUUUAACCUGUUGUAUUCCAUGAUAGAUAUACUGUCCUAGUCAACUUAUCUUUUAUAGUCAGUUAUAUAGUCUAUACUGUUAUUGUUAAAUUCAUUAAGAAUACUCUUGCUUUUACAUGUAUAUAUUGUACAUGAGUAUACAUGUAUAUAUAGUGCAUAUGUGUAUACAUGUAUAUAUAGUGCAUGUGUAUACAUGUAUAUAUAGUGCAUAUGUGUAUACAUGUAUAUAUAGUUCAUAUGUAUAUCUUGCAAUGCAAUUUUUUUAUUUAGAAUACUUUUAGCUGGUCUGUUUUUUCAAAGAAAAAAAAGGUCAGCUGCCUUUUGCUGCAGGUCUUAGGUGAUUUAGUUGAGAUAUAAUUUCUUUGUUUUAAACUCUUUUAUAGAUUAAUUAUAUUAGGUGAUGGUGAUUUGUGCUUCGCUUUUAUUGUAUCGCUGUUAAGAAUAUAUUUUAUUUACCGGUUAAGUAUUGCCAUUGUUUAAGUAUGUUUUUGUUUUUUAAAAUGUUCUGUUUAUUUGAAUUUUUUUUAGCUAUUUAGAAUACUCUUAUGGAAGUACCUAUACAGUGAUUAUAAGUGUAUUUACUCGUGUUUUGUAUUUUUUGUAUUUGUGUAUCUAUGGUUAUAGUAUCUCUGCUUUACAAAGUGAAGUUUGGGCUAUUUAGGAAUCACACACGUCGUCUUGUCCAUCUGUUCGGCCGUCUGUAUGUCCCAUUUUUGUCAGGUCCAUAUCUUUCGCAUUCAUGGUCGGAUUUUGAAGUUGUAUAGCAGAAGUGACCACCAUAGCAUGAGGAUGUGUCGUACACUAGACCCGUGCCCCAACCUUCACAGUCAAGGUCACAGCAAUUGUCACAUUUCGGUAUCAAUAUUUUUCAUCUUCCUCAUGUCUUGAGUAAGAUUGAAAUGAAAGCAUUGCUUAUAAAGUUUCUCUCUCUACAUUAUUGACAAUUCUGUGGCAUGUUUACCUUCAGUGAAACAUGUUCCACUUCAUUUCUUUAAGGUUUAUCCAGGCAGUAUUUAGAACACUUGGAUAAGCGGGGGUAUUUAUCACAUUCUGUGAUAGCUCUAGUUUGGUGGCAGAACAAUUAUGUUUUGAUUAGAAGCGCAGUUUAUACAAAAAGGCCAUGAAUAUUCUGUUUUUUAUUUAGUCUUCUUUUUAAAGAGUUGAAUAACAAUAUUUGAUCAAACAUAUGUAUUAAACGAUUCCUAGAAAACAGACAAAAAUACCUAAAAACAGAAAACAGUUAAAUUUUGAAACGGCCACCAUGAAUCAUACUGAUAGCAAAUCUGUAAAUUGCUAGUGCUGAAUAUUUUGAAAAAUCAAUUGUGAAUUUGUGUCCCAAAUCAUAAGAUGAAGAUGAUUGCUUCGUUCUCAUAUUUUACAAAUAUUCACCAUGAAAUGGGAUUGAAUUGCAGUCACAAGUCAGUACUUAGUAAUGUUCACUUCUCAUGUUAAAGCUGCACUCUCACAGAUUGAUUAUUUUGACAACUCCUUUUUAUUAUGUCUUGGAAUGAGCAAAUUUUGGCAUAAAAUUUCUAGAAACCAGUAAUGUGAGACUGCUGACAAAAGAGCAGAUCGCAGUUUCAUAUUUACGUUUGAAAAUUGAUGUAUUAUGGCAAAGUUACUAUCGCUUUAAGAAAAAUGAAAUUUGCAGUUUACCGAACAAUUGAGAUCUGUUCUAUUGUAAGUUAUCUUAUAUGACUGAAUUCAAGGCAGUGAUGCCAAAAUCAGCUGAUUCUGAGACAAAAAAAUUAAAAAGGGUCAAAUUUGUGAGAGUGCAGCUUUAAAUAUAACUGUGGUUAAGGUUGUUGUUUUAAACGUUUUCACAACUGUACACACAAAUUUAUAUAGAAUAGUCUAGCUUCAUCAUAAUUAUGUGUUGUCCUAUUGUUAGUAAAAAAGCUCACUGUUAUUCAAAAGAAAUCCACAUAACAGUAUAAAAUUCAGUAUUUAAUUUCUAUAUUUUUCUUGCCACUAUUUUGUCAGCUUUGCUAUAUGUAAGUCACCCAUAGCUUUUUGUCGUUUUGUGUGGUUCAGUUCUGCCACUAGGGCAUACAUGCCAUAUUUCUGAAGACCACCCCUGGGGAGGAUGAUUAGAAAACCAGGGUAUUUUAAGAGGUUUUUUAAUUUUAGCCAAGGGAUUUUUCAACGCAUUUAAUAAAAUGUGUCAAUACUUUCUACAUGCCUUAUUUCUGGAAGGCUUCACCACAGGGGCAGGGUGAAAUAUUAUGCUACACCCCCUUGUACAAAUAUAGAAUAAUAGCAUAAAAAGUAAAAUUCUGUUUAGCAUUUACUAGUUACAGUUCCCUAUCAUUAUGAUUAAGUCUGUUCAUAGGGGUGUGCCAUCAUAAUGCUCCCUGCCCCUGUUGGGCUUAAUAGCAUUAUUUCCUGAACUGGAGGAUUUGCUCUGGUGUGGGCAUUUCUUUUGCAUUUAUUACUUUUAAAAUACUUUUAAAAGCAUUUUAUUUACAGUCACACUAGCAUUUCUUCUUAACUGUAAUGUACUGUAUUCAAAAUUUAUUGUACAAAGCAAUUUAUCUUUUAUUUUACUGUAGUUUCCUUUCCCUGUUGGGAAAAGGGGGUUAACUCACAACUCUUGGGGAUUUCCCCCCCCCCUUCACCCCCCCUCACAAGGGGGAUAUGGCAUCAUUGGCAUGUUUGCCCUAGGUGUUCUGAUAUUCUAUGUGGUUAAGUGUUGUCCUUUCGUUAUUCUAGUGUCUCUAGUCAGUGCAUUGUUAGAAAUUUUAAAUCCAAAUUAAAAGCGAAUUAAGUGAUAUAUGGCAUAUUUUAAUAUAACUCGUAGACUUGCAUUUACGUAAAUGUACCGUGAAUUGGUUCCAUUUUAAGCUUUUAUAGUGCUUAUUUCUGAAUUCUCCAACUACAUGUAGUAGAAAAACCUUUGGCCUUAAAAUAAAAUGUUUGUUUUGUGUAACACCGACCCUACCCAAAAAAGGCAGCCAACCCUAGAAAUUUAAAAACAACAACACUCAUUUAUAAACAUAAACUGUCUUUAAUUUAUGACAGAACAAUGCUCCAUAACAACAGCAAUAUAUGAGUGACAUUUGCAACAAAAAGUAUGUUUGGAAAAAAAAAAUCCUUACCUGCCAUACCUAGUUGUAUUAGGUAUGUUACACUAACCUAAAAAAAAAUGUUAGGCCUUUGUUUGCUGUUUAGAAUCUGUUAAUGCUGUUUGAAAUUGCUGUGUGUUAACAAGUUUGCUGUAUCUUCUAACAAUGUACGGUUUUAAUCCUGGUGAUAAUGACACAAAAUCUGGUGGAAGCAUUUUAGUAGUGUUGUGGACCUCAGAGUUUAGUAGCAUUUUAUGUUUUCAUUGCUUAUAAUUUCUUGCCUUUACAAAAUGGAAUUCUUAAUAUGUAGAUACUGUGCAAUAAAAAUUAACAAGUA